UUCCUGGAUUGGGCUUGGGGUAUGUGGGGUAGAAGAGCUGGGUGCUCACCCUGCACCCAGCUCUCACUCCAUGCAGCCAUUUCCAUCUAAGUCUGUUUAUUGAGGGUCAGCCAACCUCCUGCAGGUCUUUUGCAAACUCUUGGGUUUGUUUAUACACCCUCCGGAGGAGGCCCCACUUCUCCUGCACCUCUGGAUCUGAGUAAGUCAAGGAGAAGACCACUCUGAACUUGGUGUUUAAGCUAUCACAGGAUCACUUCCAGGCUCUCUUUCCUGCACCCCAGCUUUGAACUCUGAGCUGUGCCUGACCUCUAGAACAUGGCAGGCUCUACCAUGAUCGUUGCCGGCCUUCUUCUGGUAGCCUGCGCGUGCUGCAUCUUCCCCACAGACUCUGUGACCGUCCCCUCAUCUUGCUGCAUGUCUUUUAUUUCCAAGAAAAUUCCAGAAAACCGAGUGGUUAGCUACCAGUUGGCCAACGGCAGCAUCUGUCCCAAGGCAGGGGUCAUCUUCAUCACCAAGAAGGGCCAUAAGACCUGUACUGACCCCAAGCUGCCAUGGGUUCAGAGGUACAUACGAAACCUGGAUGCCAAGAAAAACCAGCCCUCUGAAGGUGCUAAAGCAGUGGGUACCAAGUUUGCCGUCCAGAGACGCCGUGGCAACAGCACCAAAGUUUAGUCGCCUCCCCUCUGUCCCCGAACUUGGACAUAGGUAUUGAUGUUUUACCAGGGUGCUUUGGGCUUGACAGACCAGCUGGGAUGAGGCCUGAGUUCAUUUCCCUGUUCUCAGCAUCUCUUUGAGGGAAUGUGUUUAUUCGGUGAGAAUUCGAGGGAGCUCCAAGCAUGCCAGAGUUCUGGUGUUUCCUGGGCUUAGAGAGAAGGUUCUAGAAGAAUGACAUCAGUGAUCCUGUGUUCUCCUCUUGUGUGGCUCAAAGGCUUCCCCAGAGGCCAGGCGCGUAAGAUCCAUGUCCCUGCAGGUGGCAGCUGGCUUUCAUGGGGUUCUUGUCUUAGGGAGGGCCUGAGGGCUGUCUGUCCACCUCUGGGUGAAGAUCUGUCCACAGUAGUAACUCCCAAGCAUGUUGAUGGGUAUUCCAGGCUUGUCCCACCUCCAUUACUUGGAACAAAUAAAAAAGUUGGCAGAAA